AGAUGGGAGUGCUUAUGCUUAUGCUCACCAAUACCCAUUAUUUCUCUUCUUCUCCCAUAACGAAAACCGCUUCUUCCUUUCUUUUACCCUCUCUUCGACGCGUCAAGACCAGGAAAAGGAAUUUCCAUUCCUACCCUCCGUUUGCAUGCGGUUCCAUGGAGCAGGGAUUUUCAGCUUCUCUGGACUCUGUGACCCAACACCUCAACAAUCACACUCUCAAUACUCGCAGGUCCAGACUCGAAGAUCUCAAUUGGGACCAUUCCUUCGUCAGAGAAUUGCCCUCUGAUCUUCGAACCGAUUCCUAUCCCCGAGAGGUGCUGCAUGCUUGUUACACUAAAGUAUCACCAUCCGCUGAAGUGGAUAAUCCUCAACUCGUAGCAUGGUCCCAACCAGUUGCUGAGCUUCUCGAUUUGGACCAUCAAGAGUUUGAAAGGUCAGAUUUUCCCCUUUUCUUCUCUGGUGCAUCGCCUUUGGUUGGGGCGGUGCCUUAUGCUCAGUGCUAUGGUGGGCAUCAAUUUGGUAUGUGGGCUGGGCAAUUGGGUGAUGGUAGGGCAAUUACGUUAGGGGAGAUACUCAAUUCAAAGUCUGAAAGGUGGGAACUGCAACUUAAAGGAGCUGGCAAGACUCCUUACAGUCGCUUUGCUGAUGGACUUGCAGUUCUACGCAGCAGCAUUAGGGAGUUCCUUUGUAGUGAAGCAAUGCAUCACCUGGGGAUACCAACCACUCGUGCUCUUUGUCUUGUCACUACUGGCAAGCUUGUUACUCGGGACAUGUUCUAUGAUGGCAAUCCAAAGGAAGAACCUGGUGCAAUUGUUUGCAGAGUUGCCCAAUCUUUUCUACGUUUUGGAUCAUACCAAAUACAUGCCUCCAGAGGUGAUGACGACCUAGGCCUUGUUCGUGCUUUGGCAGACUAUGCUAUCAAGCACCACUUUCCUCAUAUUGAGAAUAUGAGUAAGAGUGAAAGCUUGUCUUUCAGCACUGGAGAUGAAGAUCAUUCUGUUGUUGAUCUUACUUCAAACAAGUAUGCAGCAUGGGCAGUGGAGGUUGCAGAGCGUACUGCCUCCUUGAUUGCUAGAUGGCAGGGGGUUGGCUUCACUCAUGGUGUGCUGAACACAGAUAACAUGAGCAUUUUGGGUCUCACAAUUGAUUAUGGCCCAUUUGGAUUUUUGGAUGCUUUUGAUCCUAAAUUUACCCCAAACACCACAGAUCUUCCAGGUCGAAGAUACUGUUUUGCAAACCAGCCUGACAUUGGUUUGUGGAAUAUUGCACAAUUCACAACAACACUAUCCGCUGCUCAUUUAAUAAAUGACAAAGAGGCUAACUAUGCUCUGGAAAGGUAUGGAAUGAGAUUCAUGGAUGAUUAUCAGGGUAUAAUGACCAAAAAGCUUGGCCUCCCUAAGUAUAACAAGCAGCUGAUUAAUAAACUUCUUAGCAAUAUGGCUGUUGACAAAGUUGAUUACACAAACUUCUUUCGUACACUUUCAAAUAUUAAAGCAGACAGAAGCAUUCCAGAUGAUGAGUUGUUAGUCCCACUAAAGUCUGUGCUGCUGGAUAUUGGUAAGGAGCGCAAGGAAGCUUGGACAGGCUGGGUGAAAGCUUAUAUACAUGAGCUCUCUACCAGUGGUAUUUCUGAUGAUCAGAGGAAGACGUCAAUGAAUUUGGUGAAUCCUAAAUAUAUUCUGAGGAACUAUCUCUGCCAGACUGCAAUUGAUGCUGCAGAAAUGGGUGAUUUUGGGGAAGUCCAAAGGUUGCUCAAAUUAGUGGAGCAUCCUUUUGAUGAUCAACCAGGAAUGGAAAAGUAUGCUCGCUUACCCCCAGCUUGGGCAUAUCGACCAGGUGUAUGCAUGCUUUCUUGUUCUUCAUGAGCAGCCUGCACAGGAAGUUUGAAAUUACUCGUCCAACUUUAAAAUGUUCAGAGGUUUGAUUGUGAUUCUAGUCUGCAAAAUUGUUUGUGUUGGGUAAGGGGAAAAUAACCAAAGAAUUAAUUUGUUAAAAUUUAGGAUUUGUA